AUGCAUAAAGGAAUUCGAUUACUAAUCACCAGGAUAAAUAACAGAAAAUUUUCGACGGGCUAUGUCAAACGACAAAUUGUCUCUGAAGUAUCGGCAUUAUCAUAUGAUAAGAUACCUGGACCAUCGGCUUUACCGAUCAUUGGAACACUUCAUCAUUUUCUUCCUGGCGGUAAAUUAAGUGGUUUAAAUAUGCUCGACUUGGGCCUAAAAUUAUAUGAAGAUUAUGGUGAUAUUGUCAAAUUAAAAGGAAUGCCAGGAAAAGAGGACAUGGUCUUUGUGUACGACUUAGACGCCAUCGAAAAAGUUUAUCGUACUGAAGGUAGUUGGCCAGUUCGUCCGGGUCUUGAAACGCGUGAACAUUACAUAAAGGAAAAAAGACCAGAAAUUUUUAAGUCAGUUUAUGGUCUUCUUCACUCUCAUGGAGAGGAAUGGCAAAAUAUCCGGACAAAAGUAAAUCAACCGAUGAUGCAAAUUAAAGUAACACGACAAUACGUCGGCUGGAUCGAGGAAAUAGCUAACGAUUUUAUUAAAAGGUUGCAAACAUUACUCGAUGCAGAAGGCAAUGUACCACAAAACUUCCUGACAGAGGUAGAUAGGUGGUCUUUGGAGUCAAUAGCCCGAAUAGCAGUGGACACUAGGCUUGGUUGCCUUGAUGACAAUCUCGCCGAAGAUUCUGAUGCAUACGAGAUUGAAAUAUUGCCAUCAUUUUGGAGAUAUAUUAAUACACCAAAAUAUAAAGAAAUGAUGCAAAUUUUUGAUUGCUUUACAGACAUUGCAAUCAAACAUGUAUCGAAAGCCAUUAAAAGGUUAGAAUCAAAUCCAACAACUAAUGAAAGCAAUUUAAGCGUUUUAGAGAAACUAUUAAAAAUAGACCCACAAGUUGCUUUAGUCAUGGCUUUGGAUAUGUUUUUUGCUGGUGUUGAUACGACUGCUUCAAGCACAAUAAGUGCCUUGUAUUUCUUAGCAAAAAAUCCAGAAAAACAGAAUAAACUCAGAAGUGAACUAAGAGCGAUAUUUCCAAAUAAUGCUCCUAUUACAGCAGAAGGAUUAAAUAGUUCAUCGUAUCUUAAGGCUUGCUUCAAGGAAACUCACAGAUUGAAACCAGUUGCUGUUGGCAAUAUGCGUCAUGCAGGGACUGAUAUAGUUCUUGGUGGAUAUUUUAUUCCGAAAGGGACCUAUGUUAUGCUAUAUCACCAUUUGGCAGCCAAAGUCAAAAAUCAAUUUCCUGAUUCUGAUAAAUAUUUGCCAGAGCGCUGGUUGCGUACUGAUCCUGGUUCGGUUCCUCCGGCAAAAAGUGCCCACAAAUUUGCCUACAUGCCAUUUGGAUUUGGACCUCGUAUGUGUGUUGGCAGAAGAUUUGCCGAACUAGAAAUGGAGGUUCUGGUUACCCGGUUGAUAACUAAUUACCAAGUCGAUUGGAAUGGUCCAGAUAUGCAGUAUAAGAGUAGUUUGAUCUUAGGUCCAACUGGACCAAUGAGAUUCAGAUUGACAUCCAUAAAAUAA